GUCCGAGUCUGGAUGACGUCGGCGGGACCGGACCGGACCGAGGAUGGCGGCGCCCGGCAGGUUGCCGCGGUUGCUGGCGGCGUGGGCCGGGGGUCGGGCUACGUUCAGCUCGGUGGCAACGGCGGCGGAGGGAGGGUCCGUCACCGCCCGCUACCCGCCGCUGCUGCCAUCCCUGACCGCCAAGAGCAAGGCGGCUAAGCGGCGGCGGUUGGAGGAGUUCCACCAGCGGGUGCACGCUUGCCAGUCGCACGCCGAUAAGAUCCGGCUGCUGACCAAGUUGCAGCGGCCUAAGUACGUGAUCCUCCCGCAGACGCUUGGUUUGGAUGCGGACCGCUGGUUCCAACACUUCACCAAGACCGCCUUCGUGCAGGGGCUGCCCGCCGGCUUACCGCCCGGCCCCGACCCCGACCCCGGCCUAGCCGAGGUGAAGUCGCUGGUGUGCGAGGUACUGCUGCAGGAGAACUUCUACCUGAAAAGGCGGCGCCCCGCUCUGUACCGCGAACGGGAGCAGACUGUGUUGCCUCUCAUCGGCAACCUGGUGCCGCGGCUCGUCGGCUCCCUGGCCGGCCGCAACCCACUACUCGAACGCUCCACCCUGGAUCAUGAACCACAAGUUAGUUUUUAUUGGGUUCGUGGUGAGCGAACAGUUCCCCGAGGACACCGGAAAAGGCAGGUUGACCCUAUUCGUUUCCAGAUUGAAGACAAGCCUUACUGCCAAGUUCGGGUUCAUCAACAGCUCCCUGAGUUUGUGCCGCUAGAAAAUAAAAUCACUGAAGAUGUUCCUGUUAUUCAUUUGGAACCAAGUCGAUUUCCUUUAUUUCAGAGGCAGUAUGACAACAAUAUUUUCACAGGUUCAAAGAUGGAUGAUCCUGCCUGUUAUGGGCAUACCCAGUUUCACUUUGCUUCUGAAAAGUUGAGACGAGAAAAACUUCUAAGAGACAACUUAGCUGAUCAAAUUGAAGUGCGUUUGCGAGCCAAUGGCAUUGCAAGUCUGUUUGCUUGGACUGCAGCUCAGGCAGCCUAUCAAGGAUUCUGGAGUGAGGCAGAUGUGACCAGACCAUUUGUCUCUCAAGCUGUAAUUACAGAUGGAGUUUAUUUCUCCUUCUUUUGCUAUCAGUUGAACACUUUAGCUCUGACUGUUCAAGCAGAUCAGCAUAAUCUCCGAAAGAACAUUUGCUGGGGGACGGAGAGUAUGCGUCUAUAUGAGACUAUUGACGGAGAUGAUGUGAAAGGGUUGAAUAAUGAGGUUCUGGAUCUGCUUGUUCGGUUUUUGCUUCAUAGGUCUGAAUCAGUUGUAACUGAAAAGAUGAAUGUAAAACCUCAGACUUUGAAAUUAAUUUAAAAUGUACAUUAUAAACUUGAAGGAACAGCACACAAUCAUAAUUUCAAAAACUACUUGUGUUAAACUAUCUAAAAUAAAUGUUUCGAAACAAUUCCAGCAUAAGGCAGAUUGUUUUAUUAUUUUGUACUUAAGAAAAUUAGUAGUUGUGAAGAAUAUGUUUCUGGUUACUAAACUGUUUCUAGUGUUUAUAUCUAAAAUAUUACAAAUAUAAUUUGCUUAUGUAUUUCAAAAUGUAGUGUGGAGUGGAGACAGAGCAGCAAAAUUAGGCCACUCGACCCAUCAAUUCUGCUCUGCCAUUCUAUCAUAACUGAUUUAUUAUCCCUCUCAACCCCAUUCUACUGCCUUCUUCCAGUAACCUUUGAUGUCCUGACUAACCGAGAACCUCUAACCCUCCGCUUUAAAUAUACUCCUUGAGUUGGCUUCACAGCCAUCUGUUGCAAUGAACUCUUCUGAUUCACUACUGUUUGGCUUCAGAAAUUCCUUCCCAUCUCGGUUCUAAGUGGAUGUCCCUUAAUUCUGAUGUUGUCCCUCUGGUUCUCAUCCACUAUAGGAAACAUCCUCUCUGCAUCCACUCCAUCUAAGCCUUUCAAUAAUAGAUAGGUUUCAAUGAAAUUUCCCCCCCACCCCCACCCUCAAUUCUCCCAAAACUCCAGAAAAUGCAGGCCCAGAGCCAUCAAAAGCUCCACAUAUGUUAACCCUUUCAUUCCUACAAUCAUUCUCUUGAACCUGCUCUGGACAUUCUCCAGUGCCAGCACAUCCCUUCUUAGAUAAGAACCUCAAAACAGCUCAGUGUUCCAAUGAGGUCUGACCAAUGCCUUGUAGACCCUCAGUAUUAUAUCCUUGUUCUUGUAUUCUAGUCCCCUCAAAAUGAAUGCUAACAGUACAUUUGCCUUCUUUACCACCUAUCAACCUGCAAGUUGACCUUUAGGCAAUCCUGCACAUGGACUCCCAAGUUCCUUUGCACCUCAGAUUUUUGAAUUUUCUCCUGGUUUAGAAGAUAGUCUACAACUUCUACCAAACUGCAUGAUCCUCCCCCAUAUUGUUCCAUCUGCCAUUUUGCCCAUUUUCCAGACUCCCUGCUACCUCAAUAUUGUUCCUUUAUCUAUCUUAGUAUUCUCUGCAAACUUGGCCACAAAACCAGCAUUUCAGCUAUCCAAAUCAUUAAUACAUAAAGUGAAAAGUGGUCCCAACACUGACCCCUGCGGAACACCACUGGUCACCGGCAGCCAAGCAGAAAAGACCCCCUUUAUUCCCACUCUUUGCUUCCUGCCAGUCAGCCAAUCUUCUAUCCAUGCUAGCAUCUCUCCUGUAAUAUCAUGGGCUCUUGUUAAGCAGCCUCAUGUAUUGCAGUUUGUCAAAAACCUGAAAAUCCAUGAAAACACUGACUCCUUUGUCUGUUUUGCCUGUUAUUUCAUAAAAUAAUUCCAACAUAUUGUCAGGCAAGAUUUCCUUUUUAUUAUAUCCUCUAAGAACCCUGGAACCCCAUCCUAAAUAAUGGACUCCAACAUUUCACCAACUACUGAAGUUGGGCUAACUGCCCUAUAAUUUCCUUUUUUCUGCUUUUCUCCCUUUUCAGAGUGGAGGGAUUUGCAAUUUUCCAGUCCUCUAGAAAAGAAAGAUCAUUACUAAUGUCUCUACAAUCUCUUCAGCUACCUCUUUCAGAAUCCUGGGGUGUAGUCCAUCUGCUCCAGGUGAAUUAUCUACAUAAGGACAUACCAGAUUUCCAAGCACCCUUCAGCAUGCCUUCCUCCAGCAUUUCUGGCAUUAUGCUAGUGUCUUCCACAGUGAAUACUGAUGCAAAAUACUUAGUAAGUUUGUCUGCCAUUUCUUUGUUUGCCAAUGACUACCUCUUCAGCAUCAUUUUCCAGCAGUCUGAUAUCUCUUCUACUCUUUAUAUAUCUGAUGAAAAUUUUUAAUGUUCUCUUUUAUAUUAUUGGUUAAUGCCUUCAAAUUUCAUGUUUCCUCUGCUGGCUUUUUUAGUUGCUUUCAGUUAGUCUUUAAAAACUACCCAAUCCUCUGACUUCCCACUAUUUUUUGCCACAUUAUAUGCUGUCUUUGCCUCCCUUAGGAAUAGUUCAUCUUUGGGACAUAUUUAACUUGAAUCUUCCGAGUUGCUCCCAGAAAUUCCAGCCAUUUCUGUUCGACUGUCAUCUCUAGUAGUUUCCCCUUCCAUUCAACUUUGUCCAGCUCCUCAUGUUUCUGCAAUUCCCUUUACUCCACUGCAAUACUGAUAUAUCUGACUUUAUCUUCUUUCUCAAAAUGCAGAGUGAAUUCUGUCAUAUAUUUGAUCACUGUCUCCUAAAGUUUCCUUUACCUUAAAAUCCCUAAUGAAGUUUGGUUCACUAUACAAACUUAAAUACAGAAUUGCCUUCCUCUGCCAUUUCUGCAUUGCAGUCGGAUAAAUCUUCUGGACCUGAUGGGUUUUCUGCAGAAUUUUAUAAAUCAUUUUCCUCACUGCUUUUGUCUCAAUUAUUCUUAGUUCUAUCUGAUUUGUUUAAACAUGGUAAAUUGCCAGCAUCAUUUAACGAGGCAUUAUCAUUCUUUUAGCCAAAAAGGUAAAGAUCCAACAGAGUUUUCUUCGUAUUGGCCAAUUUCUUUGCUAAAUGUUGAUGUUAAAAUUUUGGCUAACGUUUUUGCUUGUAGAUUGGAGAACAUUGUAUCUUCUAUUAUUUCUGAAGAUCAAACUGGUUUUAUUAAAAAUCACCUUUUUUAAUAUACAGCAUUUAUUUAAUAUCUUAUAUUCACCCCCAGUUAGGACUCCUGACUGUCAUUUUUCUUGAUGCGGAGAAAGCAAUCGAUUGUGUGGAGUGGACAUAUGUUUUUGCAGUUUUAGAAAAAUUUGAUUUUGGACAAAGUUUUAAUACAUGGAUUAAAUUGUUACAUUCAUGUCCCACUGCUUCUGUUUUGACCAACUCUCAGCAAUCCUAGUCUUUUAGCCUCAAACAUGGCACCCAACAAGUAAGCCCUUUAAAUCUCUUACAUUUUGAUUUGGCCAUAGAGCCACUGGUGAUUGCGUUUUGUUGCUGUGCUGAAUUGAUGGGGAUUUGGAGGGGAGUUGUUGAACAUAAAGUUUCUCUUUAUACCGAUGAUCUUUUACUUUUUAUAUCAAAUCCGACUAUUUCUUUACCCCAAAUGUUUUUACUACUUAAUCAAUUUAGUCAGCUUUCUGGUUACAAACUUAAUUUACACAAGAGCAAACUCUUCCCAAUCAAUAGAGAAGCACAAGCAUUAGUAUUUCCUGACCUCCCUUUUAAAGUGGUUAAUUAUCAAUUCGCUUACCUUGAUAUUGCAGUAACAAGGAACUUCAAGAAACUUUUUUGAGAAAAUUUUGCUAAUCUUUUAAAUUCUGCAAAAUAGAUUUUGACACAGUGCUCACCCUUGUCCAUGUCUCUGGUAGGUCGAAUUCAUGUUAUUUGAAUGUAUAUCCUUCCUAAAUUUGUAUACUUAUUUCAAUCUUUACCAAUUUUUAUUUCUAAAGCUUUUUUUUGAUUCAUUAGAUUCUAUUAUUUUGUCCUGUCUAUGGAAAGCCAAAAGUUCCAGACUUAAUAAAGCUCACCUUCAAAAAUCUACAAAGGGAAGGUGGUAUGGCCUUGUCUAAUUUUCAUUUAUAUUAUUGGGCAGCCAAUAUUUGUUGCCUUACUUCUUGGUCCUUCUUUCAUAAUCAGUCGGACUGCCCAAAAUAGGUGGCAAUGGAGUUGAACUCUCAUAAGGAUCUCUCCAUUUCUGCAUUUCUUGAAUUUGCACUUCCUUGUCACUUGCCUAGACUAAUUGUUAGUCCUCUUAUUAGACAUACUCUGGGAAUAUGGGUUCAGUUCAGAAAAUAUAAUGGCCUUCAUGGUUUCUCUGUCUCUCUAGUCCUAUUUUACACAAUCAUCUUUUUCUACCUUCUAUGCAAGACUCAACAUUUCAUGAUUGGUACCGAAAGAGCAUUAAGUGCUUGGAAGAUCUUUUCCUAGAUUUGCAACUUAUCAAGUUUAAUCUACCUAAUACUCAUUUCUUUAGAUAUCUUCAAAUUAGACAUUUCAUUAACCCUUUAGUAUCAAACUUUCCUGAGAUGCCCGACAAAAACGUUGUGGACCUGUUUCUUUGUAUUAAUCCAUUGGGUAAAGGUUUAAUAUCUACUAUUCAUGAUAAGUUAGUUAUCUUGAGGUGUGCCCCCUUCGAUAAUAUUAGAACUGACUGAGAGCAUGAUUUAAAUAUUUCUUUAUCUGAUGAGAUUUGGGAUUCAAUACUUAAAUCAGUUAACUCAACUUCUUUAUGUGUUCGCCACUGCCUUUUGCAGUUUAAAGUUGUAAGUAGGACUCGUACAUCUAAAACUAAAUUAUCGUGAUUUUAUCCUGACAUUAGUCCCAUUCGUGACAAGUGUAAAGGGGGCAAGGCUUUUCUUAUUCAUAUGUACUGGGCUUGUCCUCGUCUAGAGAAAUUCUGGAAACAUUUUUUUAACUUUAUCUCAUAUUUUAAUUGCCACCUAGAACCUAACCCUCUCAUUGCUCUUUUUAGCACCUUGGGCCUACAUAUAUUUGAGUCCCACUAAAUGUUGAACAUUAUCUUCUGCUUCUCUUUUGGCUAGACGGUUAGAUCUUCUCAGGUGGAGAGAUGUUGCCCCACCCACUCAUGCUCAAUGGCUUAGUGAUAUCAUCCUGUUUCAAAGAGAUUCAUUAUUCACUUCUCAAUUUGGACAUAAAUUUUCAUAAGGUGUAGCGACCUUGAAUACUUUCAUAACUUCUCUUUAGAUUAAGUUUUCAGCUUUUUCCCUGUAAGUUUUACAGUUUUUCUGAUGUGAAUUACAUUACAGUUUUGGUAGUAGGCAUUAUAUUUUUUUUAUAUAUAUAUACAUGUACAGCUCUGUGGGGUCAAAUGCUCUUAUUAAUUUUUCUCUUACACAUUGAACUGGUUGGCCUGGAGUUUUGUUGUGGGAGGGUGGGGAAGACACUAUAUGAUUUUAUUUUGCGUGCUUUUUCUUUAUUGCUAUGAAUUAUAUAUUUGACAGGUUUGUUUUGCACUGUAUAAGUCUGCAUUUUGUUGAUUUUUUGUAGUUGUAUUGUAGAAAAUCAUAAACAAUUAAUUCUAAAAAAGGAAUUGCCUUUCCCUUAGUGUUAUCGACAGCAAGGUGAGGCGGUGGUUUAUUUGUAUCUUGCCUUGAAGUAAACUAUCUAUGUGCUCUUUCUAUAGUAGGCGGCUGCAAUAGUAUAGUAGCAAAUAAGGUAUAAAAAAGCUUACCAAAGUAAACUGUUAAGUCUCCAUUUUUGAUUCCUUCCUGCAGCCCAACAAUUCGUAUAUUCUUUUGGCGAGACCUAGUUUCCAGGUCUAUAAUCUUAUUUUGAUAUCUUUCCAAAUAAGUUGUAGUUUCAAGCAAUUUUUGUUUAGUUAUCUUAAAUUGAUCUUCAUGUGUAAUGACUUGAGUUUCCAGAUAUUUAAGUGUUCCCAAAAAUGACAUCAUUUCAUUACUGUUCUUUUCCAGUUGGUGUUUAAUUGAAUUCAGUGUUCGAACCAUAUCUUUGGCCCACGAUGACAUUUCAUCAGAUCUUUCCUUUUGCAUCUUUCCUUUCCCGUUGCCUUUAUCAUGAGGUUCAGACAAGUUCUUCCCACUCUUCAAAGACAUAUUGUUCCCCUUCAAGAAUCAGCAACUAAAAAUUUUAAAUUUGAAAUUUAAACUAGGGGGAAAGGAACAAAACUAGGAGCAGCAGAGAAACUUCUUUUACUUCAUUCACAGACAGGCGCAGUCUCAAGGGGCCAAAUUCUGACUUUGUAGAACUCUACUAAAAAUAAACCUUCACUUAUAAAACAUUCAUUAAAUGUUACGUUUUGAUUUCUGAACCAGGUUUGAAUGCAACUUACCACAUUCCCAUGGAUCCCAUGGAUAGCUUCAUAUCUGACAUUAACAGCAUGCAAUUUGAACUUCAUGUACAAUGCAUCUGACUCCACUUUUGGUCCCUGUUUAUCUCCAAACUGCAGUUUCUUAUAUAUAGUUAUAGUAUAUGUUCUGAUUAGUCCCCUUCAACCAACAUUUAGGAAUCAUAAUGUGUUUGUGGGUUUAGUAGUGAGAUGACAUUGAUUUUGUUCUUCUGUUGGAUGAAUGUAUCAGUGGCAUUGGCCAAUGUGAAUUAGCCUCCCUUAACUGGCUUGAAGAAGGUCAUAAUGAGUAACCUUUUUGAAUUACUAUGGUGACAGCAAACCACAGUUCUAUUAAGUAAGUAGUUCUAGAUUUGUUCCAGCAAUGAUGUUACUAAGGCUCUUUGAUGGCAGUCACUCAGUCAUGUGCAGUCUUGAUGGUAAGGCCAAUCACAUUGACCACAAUUCUGGAAUUCAGGUCUUUUGUUGAUUUCAAUCAAAACCUUAAUAAGAUUUGGAGCUGAACUUUGGGGUACAGUAUGUCUACAUCACAACUGGAAUAUUACCAGGGCCUUUAGCCUUUACUUAUCCAGUUUUAUCAACCAUUCCUUGAUAUUACAUGGAGUGAAUUCAAUCCUCUUUAAAAUUAGAUUCAGUGGGAAUCAAGGGAAAAAGUGCAGAUGGCAAUAUAGCUUGCACAAGGAAGAUGAAUGUGGGACUGUUACAGUAUUGUUUUAAUAAUAACAGUGAUAGUUAUUGCAUAGCCUUUUCAGGAAUACUGAUAUAUUUCUACUUUAAGAACAUGAUGCAUAGUUUUGAAUACACCCACUACCUAAAAUGUGGAAUUAGGAACACUUUUUUCAUGUGUUCAGCAAUGAACCUGUAUAAUUGAUCUCAGGUACGAGGGUUAAAAUAGGCGGUCUUUAUAAGACCAUAAGACAUAGGAGCAGAAUUAGGUCACUUGGCACAUCAAGUCUGCUCCGUCAUUCCAUCAUGGUUAAUUUAUUAUCCCUCUCAAUCCCAUUCUCCAGCCUUCUCUCUGUGACAUUAGACACACUGGCUAACCAAGAACCUAUCAACCUCUGCUUUAACUAUAUUCAAUGACUUGGCCUCCAUGGCAAAAGAAAUUCCUUCUCAUCACCAUUCCCAAUUGAUGACAUUCUGUUCUGAGGCUGUGCCCUGUUGUCUGAGACUGACCCACAUCGGAAGCAUCCUCUCUACAUCCACUUUCAAUAUUUGAUACGUUUCAAUGUGAUCCCCCCUCAUUCUUGUAAACUCCAGUGAAUACAGACCCAGAGCAAUCAAAUGCGCCCCAUAUGUUAACCCUUUCAUUCCUGGGAUUAUUGUCAUGAACUUUCUCUGGACCAUCUCCAAUGCCAACACAUCUUAUCUUAGAUAAGGGGCCCAAAGCUGCUUACAGUUGCUAUAAAUCGUGUUCUGCAGUGAGUGGUGCAGGGAUUAAUGAUGUAUAGUGUUCACUGUUUGCAUAAUAAAAUAGUAACUGUUUUAACUGGUGUAGAUUUAUCUGACUUGCAUACUUUGGUGGUUUUCAGGUACGCUUUUGGCUAAAUAUACUUCAGCACGUGAUGCAUUUCAGCAUUUUAAAAUGGAUUUAAUUGUCUUAAUGAUGAUUAUAUUUAUAAAAUAUGUUUUUAAAAAGUUAGCGUCCACUAGGUGGAGGAGAGAAUUAAGU